AUGAAGUUCAAUCUCACCUUCUUAGCUAUUCUGGCCACUGCGGCUUUUGCUUGCGAUCGGGAGGGCUACCACUGCGUUGGCCGUGGUUGUGGUGAGCCAAGCAGCUGUUGCGGAGGAAUGCGAUGCAUGCUUGACGACGGGAGCUGUGCUGGUAACGGCCGCAUUGGUACUUGUGUACGGGGCUCCUUUGAACUUGAUGAAAAGAACUUUUGUGAUCGGGAGGGCUACCACUGCGUUGGUCGUGGCUGUGGUGAGCCAAGCAGUUGUUGCGGAGGAUUGCAAUGUAUGCUGGAUAACGGGGACUGUGCUGGGAACGGCCGCAUUGGUACUUGUGUAUCGGGCUCCUCCGUUGAACUUUAAGUUUGGCUUGCGAUCCAGAGGUAAGAUUUACAAGCCUGAAGUAGAUAUCGUUCGCAAUAGUACAUUAGGUCCAGGAAAUUAGUUCUAUCCCUGUGGACUUGCUGACAGUGUUGGAUGGUCUCCAUGUUGAUGGAUUGGGAAUAUUUGCAGAUUAAGCUCAAUAUAUUUUGUUCGUGUAAGGGUAUAAUACACGUAGUAUUCUAACAUUGCACGAAACCAUAGUAGCC